AUGGUCCAGACCAGAAGCUUCACCAUAAGUCAGACGCUCCUGCUCCUUAACAUUGCUCUGAACUAUGCCACUCUGCUGCCGGCCCCUGAAAACCUCUCAAUACACUCAGUGAAUAUGAGACACCUGCUGAAGUGGCGCCCCCUGCAGGCAGCCUGCGGUACCGUCCACUACUCUGUAAAGUUUCAGGGGGAGUAUGAAACACACAUGCUGAAUGGAAGCUGGGUGGACGCGUACGACUGCCAGGACAUCGUUCGGACCGAGUGCGACUUGACCCUUGACCUUGGAUCUGACUCUGAUUACAGCAUCGGUGUCCAAGCGCAAUGCGGUGGACAAACCUCAUGGACACAACUUCCAUCAACCUUCAACCGCAGAAACACUGUGCUGGUGGCUCCAAACAUGAGCGUGACUGUGACAGGAAGCCUCAUCCAGGUGGGCUUCAGCGAGCUUCUCCCACUGAUCACCAUAAAUCUCCACGUGUGGAGGGAAGGAGAUGAGCAGAGUGCCUCUAGUCAAGUGAUCAGAGCUCAGCCGUAUCACUUCUCUUUCGACACGCAGCAAAACGGAGGGACCCACUGUGUGAGAGCAGAGGUGCUGCUGGAAAUCAUCAACAAGUCCAGCAGCACUGAAACGCACUGCUUCUCUGUACUGAGACACCAGUCCCUCUGGCUUAAGCCCGUCACUGUGAGCGUUGCUGUGGUGAUAGCAGUGGCCAUUGCUUUGGCCCUGGGCUGGAGGCUACCACACUGCGGUCCACAGCUCAGGCAGGUUAUGUGUCAUAAAGAAGCGCUGCCUGGUGCACUGUUGGACGAUUGGCCGGCCAGCACACCAACCUUUUCCUCCAAAGCUCUGCUGGAGCCAACCCAUUCUGUCAUACUGCUACAUCCAUUAGAGGCGCAGGACGCUGUGUCUGAGAAAAAGGCAACGUGUGCUGAAAAGCUGAGACCAGCACAAGGAACGCUGAGUUCUGGAAAUGUGGAACAGAACUUAAUAGCACUGUCGAACAGCUGAAGCCAUGCGAAUAUUGUUUAUGACAGAAAAGCGGUGACGGAGUUAAAUGAACCGGUGCAAUAAGGUCCACUCCACCAGAGCCCUGCCACAACUCAGUGGCCACUCAGAGUGAAAGCAAUGCCAGGGUUAUGGGGUGAAGAAUCUAGAGGUAACAACAAACUAACUGUAGCAGGAAACUAGACAAUUCUGCAGUUGUGCGAAAGGAUCAGGAACGUUUUCCUCCCGGCUCGAUGCAUCAUGGUGAGGGUGCUGUGGUGCUAUCUCUGCCUGAAGGGACCCACCUUUACAGUCUAAUGACUGAAGGCCCCAUUUCAUUCAAAUGAUUCAUCAAUCGAACAUCUGCAUUAAAGUGUGGAACAUGUGGAGACAGAGAGCUGUCUGUUUAAAGGGGAAUUCCAUCAAGUUUUCAACAUUUCUGCACGACUGAACUGUUGUGGUGUAAACAAAGUCAUUCAGAGUGGGUUGAUGUGACAUGUCUCACCGCAGAGAAACUGUGUCAGAUUGCUUUACAGUGGUGGUGAUAGGAACCAGGGGUCACAAUGUCGCAGACGACAUCCAGCUUUACACAUAUGCUGAGCCAAACAGCACCACUGCUCUAAAUGCUCUGACAGACUGCAUAGGCAAUAAUGUUAAGUGUUAAAUGUAGUGCAGCAAAAACUUAAUUAUUCUUAUUGGGACCAAUGCUAAAAGAGAUAAAAUUAUGAGGAAAAUUAUUAGGAAGUCUGUCCCCACGGGCUAAAGCAGUAGUGAGGAAUUUGGGUGAACUGUUUGCUUCUGAAUCAAAGCACACACUGAUAACGUUAUUCAAACCGCCGUUGCUCAGGUUAGACCAUAUAUUAGUUUGCACGAUGCUAAUAAACUGACGCAUGACUUUACUGGGUUUCACUUUACUUGGAUAGUCCACUAUAGUCCCCUAUUACGGAGCCCUGAUGAUGACAUCUUGUAUAAAUAAAAAUAAUGCGUGGCCACACUUUAUUAUUGCGUGGGACCGAGAUCCUAAUGCGUGGCCAUGACUUAGUAAGGCAUGGGAAUGAGAUCACGACUUAAUAAGUUGUGGCCAUGCGUUAUUUUUAUUUAUACAGGAUGUCACCAGCGGGCCUCCGUACCCUAUAGAUUAUCU